AUGGCCCUUCUGUCGUGCUCUCUUCGCGGUACUGUGCGACGGACUCCCGACGACCACUCCGAUGACAACGGGGCACCACCCAUGAAGAGACAGCGCCUCCAGCAAGAGGUUGGCCGGCGUCGUCGCCAGAGCUCCCCUGACUGCCUAGAUACGACUACCCCCGACCACAAAUCCCCCCCACGGCAAACUCAGACCCAAUCCCUCCCCGAAGGUCGCGCGCCCGUGGACCGCCACACGUCGCGCCCGCCGCAUCCAAGACCCCCCCGUGCGCUCGCCGACCGAGAUGGACCUUCUGGGGGCAUCUCCCUCUUCCUCUCGGAUGCGCGAGAAUCGCCGGACCCAUUGGACACCAUCUCACCCCUCCCGGCCAAUAAACCCACCAGGCCGACCCCCAAACCCUCAAGUGAUAUACGAGAGUUAGAGGCAGAUUCUCUGAGUUCGCCCGCCACCAGUCGUACCACCCGACGGAACAAUCCCGAUCCGAACGCGGGGGAACCGGAUAAUGUCGCGGAGAGCAAGGACGCGUCACAAUCAACGAGGAAUAUCGCAGACGUAGGGGGGCUCCAACCGAAGCAGCAAAGUGAACUCGGGGUUGAACAAGAGCAAGACGCGUCGGCGCGAACUGGGACAGAAAGGCGUUCGCUGCGCUCUACCGACACGGGCUCUCGCUCCAAGAGUGAACUCGCCCAAUACUUCUAUAAUUAUGAGCAGAUAAUCAGCCUCGACGACCCGAAGCCUGGUAAGUCUGGAUUGUCUCCGAAACUGCGCAUUAAGAAGCUAACUAGGGGUCUAGUGGAGUCACUAGCUGCUAGUACAACUGUUGCUUUGAUACACGAUCUCUCGGAGCCUCUACCCUUGCCUUCUACCCCGAAUCCCUCUCCAUUCGGAAACCCACUACAAAACCUUUAUCGUUGCAAAGUGAUCGAUCUUCCAAACUCCGCAUUACGUGCGCCUGCGGUCGACCCCUUGAAUGAAGAACUAUACUUCCGCGCGCAUCGUAAAUUCGAACGCCAGGAGAAACAAUUGCGAAAUAUCGAGCGAGAUCGCGCCCAACAUGAGAAACAACAGCUUGAUCGGCUGCUCGAAGAUCUACGCGGUCAAGACUGGCUGCGUGUAAUGGGGUUGACUGGUAUCCACGAGAACGAGAAGAGUCUAUAUGAACCAAAGCGCCAAAUACUCAUCCAGGAACUUGUCGCGCUAGUCAACAAAUUUCAAAUUUGGAAGGACGAGGAAAAACGUCGGAAGAUGUCUAAAGACAAGCCACUGCUGCUUGCUGAGGAAACGGAUUCCCAACCACGCCCCCGCCCACGAUCACAAAAACGACCUCAAGCCCCCGAAGAAGUCAGCGAGGAAGGCUCACCAUUAACGGACACGCCUAGCACUCCGCCAGAUCCCCACGAUGUGGAUGCACUGGCAGCCCGGCAACUGCACCAGGAAGCGCGCUCAGCGUCAGUAGCCAAGCACCGCAAAUCUAUCUCAGAAAAUCGCAAACCGGGCAACAGGCCUGGAGAUGACCAUACAAAACCUGCCAGCAAAAGCAAAGACACACCAAACACUACCACAAACACAAAAGAUCCGGUCAAGCGUCAGAAAACUCUCCUCGACAUGAAUUUUAUAUCCUCCUCAACUCCCGCCCCCGCCCUUCCCCCAUUACCUCCCCCCCCCCGACAAGCCUUUCACAUCCUUCUUCGAAGAACGAAGCACUCGCAACACCGCCGUCGCCGUAAUAAAUGGCACACCCCACAGUCACAACCAAACAAUUCUCGCAUUCGGUCACCCAAUUCCAGAAGCCGAGGAGCAAGAUUUCCAGCCACCGCCCGAAAUUCUGACAGAAGAGGCCAUAUACUCAUCACGGCGGCAGAUGCGGCGGCUGAAACGGCAAAGUCGCGGUGGAUGAUGUAUACGUCUUCCAUCUAG